ACAAGAGGGGACGGCGCGGCCCUCAAACACCCGCCUGCGACUCACGUCAGCAGAGGUCUUUUGCCAAACUCGGCCGGACGACAACCCCGCGGUCCGUAAGGCUUGCUCACCUUAGCCUCAGUUUCCUUUCUCGGUGAGGCCCAGCCUUUCGGCCCAAAGUACCAAUUAAAACUACUGAAGUAAAAAAAAAAAAAACAGAAAGAAAAAAAACCGCAAAACGCCGAACAGACUCCUUGACUGGAAGAAUCUCGCGAGAACUUACGGAGCUCUGGCUGUUCCCGCGGAGACCUCGCGAGCGGACCUCCGGGGGCGGGCUGCCCCUUGGCCCCGCCCUUUCUGAGCGCGGGCGCGCCUUGGCGGGAAUUUCGCCUUUUUGGGAUUUAGACCACACGGGCUAGCUGGCUCUGGUCGGGACCGCCAAGGUGGAUCGUUGGGACUGAAAGUGUGAGCAGGACAUGAAGUAAACAUGGAUAACUGUCCCGCUGCGUCGACGUUCCUGACCGACAGCUUGGAGCUGGAGCUGGAGACAGAAUGGUGCAAACCCCCUUGCUUUUCUUGUGAUUUUGACAACAGAGGAGGAGGAAAACAUUUUUCUGGAGAGUCCUACCUUUCCAGCGGAGCUCUUAAGCGACUGAUUUUGAAUCUUGAUCCUUUACCAACUAAUUUUGAAGAGGAUACAGUGGAAAUAUUUGGCAUUCAAUGGGUUACUGAAACAGCAUUAGUGAAUUCAUCUAGAGUUCUCUUUCAUCUCUUGAGGCAACAGCUCUACAACUUGGAAACCUUAUUACAGGCCAACUGUGAUUUUGGGAAGAUAUCAACCCUACAUUGCAAAGCAGCCAAUAUUAGGCAGCAGUGCAUAACAUUUCUUCAUUAUGUUAAAGUCUUCAUUUUCAGGUCCCUGCAAGUACAAAAUGCUGAAAGUCAUGUUCCUGUCCAUCCCUACCAGACUUUGGAGGCACAGCUUCCCUCAGUGUUGAUUGAUGAGCUUCAUGGAUUACUCUUGUAUAUAGGACACCUAUCAGAACUUCCCAUUAUUAAUACAGGAGCAUUUGUAAAUCAAAACCAGACUAAGCUUUUCCCACCAUCAUGGCAUUUGUUACAUCUCCACUUAGAUAUCCAUUGGCUAGUGCUGGAAAUUCUUCACAUGCUUGGUGAAAAAUUGAAACAAGUUAUAUAUAGUCAUCAGUUUAUGAAUCUGGCAGGUGACAAUUUAACCAAUGUCAGCCUAUUUGAAGAACAUUGUGAAAAUCUUCUUUGUGAUUUAAUAAGCCUGUCCCUCAACAGGUAUGAUAAGGUUAGGCCUUCUGAAGCAUUAAUGAGUCACCAUUGCCCCUGUCCAUGCAUUAAAGAAUUAUGGGUUCUACUCAUUCAUCUCCUCAACCACAGGAGUAAAUGGUCUCUCUCAGAAUCAUUUUGGAACUGGUUGAAUAAAGUACUUAAAACGCUCUUUGAAAAAUCAAAUGACCGAAGACCUUCUGUGCCUGUAAUCCAGCCCAGGGAUCCAUUGGGUUUUAGUUGGUGGAUGAUUGCUCAUGUAGCAUCAUUUUAUCAGUUUGAUCGCCAUGGAAUACCGGAUGAAAUGAGACAAAUGGAAUCAAACUGGAACUUUGUAGAAGAACUGCUGAAAAAGUCCAUCAGUGUUCAGGAUGGUAUACUAGAAGAGCAGUUACGAAUGUAUCUUCACUGUUGUUUGACCCUUUGUGAUUUCUGGGAGCCAAACAUUGCAGUUGUCACCAUUCUGUGGGAAUAUUACAGUAAGAACCUGAAUAGUUCUUUCAGUAUUUCUAGGCUUCCUUUGAAAGGCCUUACAUAUGUCAUUAAGUCACCCUUGUCUAUGCUAGAAAUGGUGAAGACCUGCUGUUGUGAUAAACAAGAUCAUGACCUGUAUAAAUCCAGCAGUAGUUACACUUUUUUCCUUUGCAUUUUGGCAAAAGUUGUUAAGAAAGCAAUGAAGAACAAUGGCCCUCAUCCUUGGAAACAAGUCAAAGGAAGGAUAUAUUCUAAAUUCCAUCAAAAAAGAAUGGAAGAACUAACUGAAGUUGGUCUGCAAAACUUUUUCAGCCUUUUUCUACUGUUAGCAUGUGUGGCAGAGGUGGAAGAUGUAGCAAGUCAUGUUUUAGGCCUCCUAAAUUUCCUCAAGCCUGCCUUUAUAACAUCUCCUCUCAUUUGGAAGGGUCAGAUGGCCUUCCUCUUGAUGUACACCCAGAAAAACCUGGACAUCAGUGUUCUGGCUGAGAUAUUUUCAGGUGCUUUCCGGGAGAAAGCAAAGGAGUUCUUGGUAUCUAAGAAUGAUGAAAUGGGACAAAGACAGACUCUCUGGUCACUUCUUUCCAUAUAUAUUGAUGGUGUUCAAGAAGUGUUUGAGACUAGCCAUUGCUUGCAUCCUUCCCAUGAAAAACUGCUUAAUGAUGGCUUUAGUAUGCUUCUACGAGCUUGUCAAGAAUCUGAACUUAGGACAGUGUUGAGCUUUCUACAAGCUGUUCUGGCCAGAAUCAGGAGUAUGCAUCAACAAUUGUGUCAGGAACUUCAGAGGGAGAAUGUGGACCUCAUUGUGCAGUCUUCAUUAUCGGCUAAAGAGCGCCACCUUGCUGCAGUUGCCAGUGCACUAUGGAGGCAUUUCUUUUCAUUUUUGAAGAGUCAGAGAAUGUCACAGAUAGUGCCUCCCUCACAACUCGCGGAUGCAGCUGCAGAUUUUACUUUGCUGGCAAUGGACUUGCCCAGCACAGCUCCAUCAGAUCUUCAGCCUCAGCCAGUUACAUCAAUGAUACAACUUUUUGGUUGGGAUGAUAUCGUCUGGCCCCAAGUUGUAGCCAGAUAUUUAAGUCAUUUCCUACAAAAUAGCAUGUUAUGUGAAGCGCUUUCUCAUUCAGGCUGUGUAUCUUUUCAAGCCCUAACUAUAAGAUCAUGGAUCCGUUGCAUUUUGCAAAUGUAUAUAAAAAACCUUUAUGUGCCAGAUGACUCGUUCAUUGAUUUAAAUACUGAACAGGCAGUUGAAAAAGACUACAUGGAACAGUUGGCUGAACUGACAAGGUUGCUAUUUAAACUCUCAGAAGUAAAGAAUAUUCUCUCAAAGGCUCAAGUUGAAUAUUUACCUAUGCAAGAAGGCCCUAAAAAAGCACUUGUUCUGUUCCUCGAGGCUGUUGGUAUAACUUACGGGAAUCUGCCGACACUUUCUGAUAAAUCUGCCAUGGUCACAAAGUCCUUAGAAUACCUUGGUGAAAUAUUAAAAUAUAUAAAACCUUAUUUGGGAAAAAAAAUGUCCAGUGCAGGUCUGCAGCUGACUUAUACGAUAAUGGGAACUCUUGUGAAAUCAUGGGCACAGAUCUUUGCCACCUCUAAAGCCCAAAAAUUACUAUUCAGGAUCAUAGACUGUUUACUGCUGCCACAUACAGUAUUACAGCAAGAGAAGGAGCUGCCUGCACCUAUGUUGACUGCAAUUCAGAAGAGUCUUCCUUUGUAUCUCCAGGGCAUGUGUAUCGUGUGUUGUCAGUCUCAAAAUCCAAAUGCCUAUUUGACUCAGUUACUAGGGAAUGUUAUUGAGCAGUAUAUCGGGCGGUUUCUUCCAGCUUCACCACAUGUUUUAGGUCUUGGACAACAUCCUGUUUUGUUGGCAUUGAGAAACUCAGCCACUGUUCCACCGAUGUCAUCUCUAAAGAAAUGCAUUGUACAAGUCAUAAGGAAAUCCUACUUUGAGUUUAAAGGAUCCUUGCUCCCUCCUCGCUUAGCAUCCAUUCUGGCCUUCAUCCUCCAACUUGUUAAGGAAACUAACACUGAUGUUUCCGAGGUUGAACUGCUCCUCCCAGGAGUAUUAAAAUGCUUGGUGUUGGUCAGUGAACCUCAAGUUAAAAGGCUGGCCACCGAGAACCUGCAAUACAUGGUCAAAGCCUGCCAAGUGGGGUCAGGAGGAGAACCUGCCGCCCAGCUGACUUCUGUGUUUAGGAAAUUUAUCGAGGAUUAUGCUAUGAGAUAUGAUUAUCAGAUUUACAGCAUUUUAGAAACAGUAGCAGCAUUGGACCAACAGGUUGUUAUCCACUUGAUUUCUACCCUUACUCAAUCUCUGAAGAGUUCAGAGCAGAAAUGGGGCCUUGGCAGAAAUAUUGCACAAAGGGAAGCCUAUAGCAAACUUUUAUCUCACCUAGGACAAGUGGGACAAGAUGAGAUACAGAGACUACAAGAUAAUAUUAAAUCUAUUUUGUGAUUCAUCCUCAAUAUUAAUUAUAACUAUCUAAAGUCACUUUGCACCAUUCUGACUCCUACUUUUAAUUAAUUGUAUAAUGUUCUGUUAAAAAUACUUUCUAGGAUUUUUUUCCUUUCAUACCUGUAAGUAUAAAGUAUAUAAAUAAGGAAAUAAAAGUUAAUUAAAUAUGUUAUAGGAGCUUUCGAACUUGGUAAAACUGCAUUCUAUUUUGAAGAGGUUUUAGUGAAGCUAAAGAAACUUUUCCUAACUGGGAGUGUUAUGUGUGUAUGUCUAAGCAGGUUUAUACUGGUUGAUCCAUGGCCAUUUUACUGUAAUGUGACUUUCUGCCUUGUGAGUAAUUUAUUUCUGUUUUGUUUUUGUUUUCUUAUGAGUUAUAUUUUAUUAUGAUACUAUUUCAAAUUACCUGGCUGCCCUAUGCUGGGUUUUUUUUUUGGAGGGGUGGUCAGGAGAUAGAACAGUAUAUUUGUUAUCCUUUUUUAUACUAUGCGUGAGGCAAGUUCAUAAAAUCCUUACAAAGCACACUUAACUCUAUGAGGAAUGAGACUGAAUCUGGCUAAAUGAUUAUACAGAUAAUAUGUAUUUUUUUUUAACUUGGGCCAACAGUGUUUAUAUCAAUACUUGGGUUCCAACGGUUGCCAGAUGUUUUCCUCUACUCAUCCUUUCGUUUGUAGUUGUCAUUAAAAGACAGAUCAGGAGGAGGAUAAACAAAAGGCUUUAAGAAAAGAGAAUAAAUAAUAUUCUGGAAAUUUUUAAGUUUACAAAAUUAACAGAAGAGGUCUGAGAAGUCAGCUGAUUUAUCUCCUUGCUCUUCAAUUAGAGCCUUUUAUAAGUUAGCAUCUUACAUGUUUGAAGGGAGCCAGUUUAGUUUCCUGUAGCAGCCCAUCUCUCAACCCUUUAACUAUUUCAUUCAGAUUCAUUCCACCAGUUGGGCUUUUGUCCUUGACUCCUUUUUCUAAUGAGCAUUAUUUGGUAAAAAGAGCUCCAAUCUUAGUGUUGGGAACCCACCUGGGUCUCAAACCCAGCUCUGCUUUGUGACCUUGAACAAGUUCUUAACCUUUCUGAGCCUCAGUUUCUUCAUGGAGAAAAAUGAAUAAUAACCCUUUUUUAAAUUUCACAAUGUUCUGGUAGGAAUCAGUGGGAUAAUUGAUUUAUAAUUAUAAUCAUAUAAUUUAAAUGUAUGUGAAAGUAUUUGUUGACCUAUGUUCUGUUUGGUGGUGUACAGACAUGAUCACUCUAUCUCAUGCACAAAGGUGAAGAACACUUCCUAAUUUUGUUCCUCUUUCUCUAAUGGUACAUCCUAGAUGAAGAUCGCACUUCUUUUCAAUGUUUUCUUACAUGUCAUGUUUGCUAAGUUUGAAAUAAUUUAUUGUUUUUUUUCUUGAGUAUCUAGUGUUUAUCAUGGUUCUACUAUUCCUUCAGGAAAACAUUUCAACCCUUUCUGACUCAAGAAGUAUCUUUUAAAAUGAAAUGCAUUGCAAUCGGGAAACUAUAGAUAAUAGCCCUUUCCUAAUUGUAAUCUGUGAAGUCUAAAGGACUUCAUGACAUAUAAAUGGUUUAUUUUCCCCCCGAAUAAACUGUUUUUAAUUCAACAAAUGUGAUGAAUGAAAGCCUCUUUAAGGUUACUAAGACUUCAUAGCAAUGAGUUUCUUUUCAUUACGAUAGUGACUUAUUAAAUGAAUGAUGCAUUAUUUUGCAAGUUGUAGCAAUUGAAAUUUAAACUAUUUAAUGGGAUGCCUUUAAAGAGUUUAUGUGUGUGUGUGUGUGUGUAUAUGUGUGUGUGUAUAUAUAUUUUUUCACCCCCAAGGGAAAUUGAUAAAGAUAUCUUGGAGAAUCUUGCUCCUUAGCUUAUGAAACUUUUUAAGGGUUAAGAAAAUCUGCUGCUGAAUCAUGCAUUAGGGUGUAUAGCUGUAGAUACUAAGAAUAACUAAAGUUUAUACAUAAAAAAAUCAGUAACAAGAAAAAGUCUGUAACAAUACCUGUGUAUGUAUAUAUAUAUGUAUUUUUAAAUUUAUGUAUCAGUAAAGUUUUAAAGAAGCUGUUUUAUUGAAGAAAAAAAGAAUAUGUAUGACUCUGUUCCAUUUCUUAAGAAUCUUCACUGACCCGUAAAUUAUUACUAUGGUCUUGUCUUUUUCCAUUUCCAGACUAAAGAGUACCUAUACUUGCUUCGUUAAUGUUCCUUUUCCCCUAAAAACCCUGUAAUCCCUGAGGCGGCUGCUUCUACCAUUGUAAGGUAGGCCAUUCUCUUUGGGCCAAAUCUGGAAUGUGUUCUCAUUUUUCUUGCUCUUUGGGGCCUCUGUGACAUUGCAUUUUCUUUUAUCUUCUGAUCCCUUCCUCAGCAGUAUCACUCCUUCCUACAUACACGUUCUUCUUUCUUGUCCCUACUGGUAAGAUCUAGCCCUUCACCUGCUCUGUCUCAACAUUCUUGUAGUAGUGAACUGAUAAAACUAGCUUAUAAUUUUUUUCUAUCUGUAGUGCUAAUUUUUCUCUAAACCUGUCUAGUUGGAUUCUCCUGAAAUCUCAAGGCAACAUGUCAAGCUGCCCUUAUCAUCUUCGUUUCCAGUCUAGCUCAUGCCUUCAUUUUCUACCCAGAGAAUACACCACUUUCCCAAGUCACUUAGCCGUGACAUUUCUUGGAUUCAUUGCUCCCCACUUUUCAUUUGAUCACCUUAUAGGCUCUUGUGAUUUUUUUCUUCUUGCCAUUUCAUGCAUCCAAACAUUUUUCUAUUGGGUACUAUAAUCUCCUUCUUAUCUCUGGACUCCUGAAAUUUAUUCUUCACAUAGUUUUGACAUUAGUGUUCCUAAAAUACUUCUUUCUUCUUCUUACUUUUCCGCUCAAGGACCUCCAUUUACUUCCCAUUGUUAAUAAGCUGACAUUCAAGCCCUUCAGUCAGGAGACUUCUGCCAUCUGACGCUAUACCUUCUAUUUCCAAACUUACCUCAAGCAGGAAAGUAGACUGUCUUAGCUGCUUUCUCUGAAUGACAUGUUCAUUCUACGCUGUGGGCCUCACUCAGUUUGCCAAUUAGAAUACCAUCAUUUCUAUAGAAACCUAACCUUAAGACACUUAAAUAGGAAGAAAAUUAAAAUAUACAUGUUGGAUAUGUAAUUAUUCCACUCAAAUAAUUUCUUUAAAAUAUCAGAUGGAGUGUAGAAGAGAUGAUUGAAAGACAACAGGGUGAUGAAAGGAC